AUGUCAUCGCCGGACCCAAUUGCCGUCAUUGGAAGUGCUUGUCGCUUCCCGGGCGGCUCAGAUACGCCAUCAAAGCUUUGGGAACUCCUUGAAAAGCCAAGAGACCUGCUACAGAAGGUCUCUGAGAGCCGGCGCUGGCACCCCGACGCUUUUUAUCACAGUGAACCUGAACACCAUGGUACGACUGAUGUGCAGACAUCUUACUUCCUUGAUGAAGACCCUGCACACUUCGACAAUGCGUUCUUCAACAUUCAGCCGUCGGAAUGUGAGGCCGUGGACCCCCAGCAAAGGAUGCUGAUGGAGACUGUCUAUGACUCCCUCUGCUCAUCUGGCCAGACCAUCGAACGGCUUCGCGGCUCAUCCACUGGGGUUUUUGUUGGUACAAUGUGUGAUGACUGGAGCGGUAUACUGUACAAAGAUUGGGAGACUAUUCCACAGUAUAGCGCUACCGGAAUGAGCCGCAGCAUUAUGUCUAACCGCGUGUCUUACUUCUUUGACUGGCACGGCCCAUCAAUGACCCUUGAUACAGCUUGUUCCUCGAGUUUGGUCGCUGUUCACCUGGCAGUUCAAGCGUUACGCAAUGGAGAAUCUGAGAUGGCGGUGGCCGCCGGCGCCAAUCUCUUGCUUAGUCCGGGCAUGUAUAUUGCAGAGUCAAAUCUUCACAUGUUGUCUCCUAGCGGCACGUCAAAGAUGUGGGAUAAAGAUGUCGACGGAUACGCUCGAGGAGAAGGAAUCGCCUGCGUCGUCCUGAAGCCCCUGAGUGCGGCACUUCGGGACGGGGAUCACAUCGAAUGUCUCAUUCGUGGUACUGGAGUCAACCAGGAUGGGAAGACCAGGGGUUUGACUAUGCCGAGUGCGACAGCGCAGGCUACCCUCAUUCGUGAAACCUACGCCCGAGCUGGCCUAGACAUUGACAAGCCAGAAGACCGCCCCCAAUUCUUUCAUGCGCAUGGGACAGGAACUCCCGCAGGAGACCCCCAAGAAGCUGAGGCAAUAUCUGAGGCAUUCUAUGGGAAUGGAGCGUCGGAUAAAUUGUAUGUUGGAUCCAUCAAAACCAUCAUUGGUCACACGGAGGGUACCGCAGGACUGGCGAGUCUGAUAGGGACAUCGCUGGCACUUCAGCACGGAGUCAUCCCGCCCAAUAUGCACUUCAACGAGCUUAACCCUAGGAUAGCUCCUUUUUAUGGAAACUUGGAGGUUCCCACUUCGGCGCAACCCUGGCCACAACUUCAGCCAGGUCAAACCAGACGAGCAAGUGUGAACAGUUUUGGAUUUGGUGGCACCAAUGCUCACGCAAUUAUUGAAGCUUAUGAGAAACCUGUUGUAUCACCGUCUGUUGGCACGCUCUUCUCUCCCUUGACCAUAUCAGCUGCUACCGAAAAGUCACUGCGGGCUGUACUAUCGUCUUACGUUGACUAUCUGGAAGACAAUCCGCAAGUGUCUCUCCGUGACGUUGCCUACACAGUCCAGGAAAGGCGCUCUACUCUCGCGUUCCGUGCUGCCAUUGUUGCCUCUAGCGGCGCAGAGGCCGUGGAAAAGAUUGAGAGCCUUCUUAACAGCGAAGAUGCGCCAGAGCUGAAUACAAAGCACUUUGCAGUCGGGUCCCCUCGCAUAUUGGGAGUUUUCACGGGACAAGGCGCCCAGUGGCCCCGCAUGGGUGCUAAGCUAGUUGAGACCUCACCAUUUGUCGCGAAGCGGCUGGAAGAGCUUGAUGCAGCGCUCGCAUCCUUGGAGAAGAACCUCCGGCCAGAGUGGACUCUUAGGGAACAGAUCCUCGCAGAUGCAACAACGUCGAGAGUUGCUGAGGCCGCCAUAUCGCAACCUCUUUGUACGGCUGUGCAGAUUUUGCUCGUUGACCUGCUCAGGGUAGCGGGUAUCAAACUCGACGCGGUCGUUGGUCAUUCCUCAGGUGAAAUCGGAGCGGCUUAUGCAGCAGGAUUGUUGUCAGCCACUAGUGCCAUCCAAAUCGCUUACCUGCGCGGCUUUUAUGCUCGGCUUGCCGGGUCAUGGAGUGGUGCCAAAGGAGCUAUGCUGGCUGUCGGAACAACGGUCGAAGAUGCCUCGGAAUUUUGUGAGCUGGAGGACUUCCAAGGCAGGAUUCAAGUUGCCGCCGUUAAUUCUCCCUCGAGUAUUACACUCUCUGGCGACGAAGACGCUGUGGCAGCAGCCAUUGAGAUCUUUAAGGAUGAAGGCAAGUUCGCUCGCCAGCUUCAGGUCGAUACCGCCUAUCAUUCAGCACACAUGAUACCAUGCUCGAAACCGUACCUCGCAUCCCUAGAAUCCCUGGGCGAUGUAAGUACCACGGGUACAAGCACUGAAGGCAAGCCCGUGUGGUAUUCGAGUGUCCUGGGAGGAAAGAUCAUGACACAAGACGAUUUAGAUGCGCAGUAUUGGGUAUCCAACAUGAAAAAUACUGUGCUCUUCGCCCCGGCAGUCGAAGCUGCAGCCGCUCAAAGUGGGUCGUUCAGCUUGGCACUAGAGCUCGGACCACACGCGGCGUUGAAAGGUCCGUGUCUGGACACUCUCGCAGAGGCUCUAGGAGACCGAAUUCCCUAUUCUGGAGUCCUCUCCCGAAACAAGAAUGACAUUUCCGAGUUUUCGACAGCCCUGGGCUUUGUGUGGUCGCAUCUUGGUGCGGGAUCCGUCUCUUUCGAUGCAUUUGAGAAGUCAGUGUCUGGUGGUGCUGUGGGGCGCCACAUAGUUGCCGAUCUCCCAAAGUACAAAUUUGAUCACUCAAAGACAUUCUGGACUCUUUCCAGAGCUGGGGGCGCUCAAUUGAUCAAUCCUCACCCUCCGCAUCGGAUACUUGGCAAGCGUUGCGUCGAUCGGGAAACUCCCCACGACAUCCAAUGGCGCAACAUCCUGACCCCCAGGGAAAUUCCUUGGCUAAAAGGUCACAGAAUCCAGGGUGGCAUUGUUUUCCCAGCAGCAGGCUUUGUGGCGAUGGCUAUCGAGUCCACAAACGCCCUCGCCGGUAAGUCGAGGAUUAGCCUGAUCAGGAUCGAGAAUCUUGUCAUUGGUCGAGCCAUUGCUUUCAACGACGAAACCUCAUCGGUUGAGUCCCUGUUCAGUAUCAGGAUAAUACCGUCUGGAGAAGGUAUCAUUAAGGCAAAAUUUACUUGCCAUUCUGGUGCUUCUCACGAACCCGGAACUUCUAUGGGGCUCAAUGCCGAGGGAGUGGUGACUGUGACGCUGGCGGAGCCAGAUGCCGACACAAUUCCCUUCUUCGAACCUGAGGACUUCAACAUGACAGAAAUUAAGCCUGAACGGUUCUAUGACCAGUUUGAAAGGCUGGAGUAUGAGUAUUCGCCACCUUUCCGCGGUAUGCUCUCGAUUCAGCGCAAGAAGUCUCAUGCAAAGGGAAUUAUUGAGGAUCAGUCUGGAUCAGAGUGGGAGGAUCAACUCCUCAUUCAUCCAGGCAUGCUUGACACUGCCUUCCAGUCUUCUUCGGCAGCCUUCAGCUGCCCUGGAGAUGGAAUGAUGUGGGGUCUCUAUAUUCCUGCUGGCAUAGAGUCAAUCAUCAUUAACCCUUUCUUCACGUCCGGUGGCGCGGGCAAACAGCAAACUUUGCCUUGGGAAUCAAUUGCCCGAAGCAUGAAAAACGCUCGUAGUACCAUGGACAUUAAUAUUUUCUCUCAAGACCACUGCCAUACCUUCAUACAGGUUGAAGGCCUUGAAUUGAUGCCAUUCACAGCUAGUCGACCCGAGGAUGAUGCCGUGAUCUUCUCUAAACUUGAAUACAAUAUUGAUCGACCCAGCGGUGGUGCUGCUGUCAUCGAUGACGGAUUUACGACAGAAGCCCUGGAAAACGCAAUAAAGGGAGAGCGUGUGUCUUUCUACUACUUGCGCCGGCUGGUUGAGACCAUCACAUCAGAGGAAAAGGCCGUCGCUCUACCGUAUCACCAGCAUUUACUGAACUGGUCUAAUCACGUUGUUGAUGGUGUCAAGAGUGGCAAGAACCCUUUCGUGCCGUCAAGCUGGCAGCUAGACACAGAGGAACAGAUCAGAGCUAUCUGGGAUGAGUAUGGUGAUCGAGUUGAUGUGCGUCUUAUCGAAUCCGUGGGUAAAAAUCUCCCAGGCGUUAUCCGCACCAGAACCAGUAUUCUUGAGCAUAUGGAAGGACUGUUUGAAUUCUACGACCAAGGUCUAGGUCUCGACAUGGCAAAUCGCCACCUAGCGCGCAUGGUCUCUCAUAUUGGCCAUCGCUACCCACAAAUGAAGAUCCUCGAAGUUGGGGACAUGUUUUCCAGCUAUACCUAUACCGACAUAUCGAGCGGUUUCUUUGAAGCUGCCCAGAAACGCUUCAAGGAUUUUGAAAGCCGUAUGGUAUACAAGACAUUCGACAUGGAGCGGUCCCCGAUAUCUCAAGGUUUCAUCGAAGGGUCAUACGAUGUCAUCCUAGCUUCUAAUGUUCUUCAUGCAACAGACAAGCUAGAGGAGAUGAUGACCCAUGUCCGCCAGCUCCUCAAGCCUGGUGGCUAUCUUGUUUGCCUAGAGCUGACAAGCAAUGAUACCAUUCGUGUUGGCCUACCCAUGGGGAGUUUGCCCGGAUGGUGGGUAGGAGCAGAGAACGGGCGACCGUGGGGACCAACAGUAACAUUACCACAAUGGGAUACUUUGCUACGCAAGUGCGGCUUUGGAGGAAUUGACACGAGCACACCCUUGCUACACAAGCUUCAUGUUUCUACGGUAUUUGCAGCACAGGCCGUUGAUGACCGUAUAAAAAUGCUUCGAUCCCCCUUGUCGUCAAUUAAUGCUCUUCCAUCUACCGAUGCGCCACGCCUUGUGGUCGUUGGAGGCAAAGAGCUCAUAACCCACCGCAUCGCAGAGCGGGUGGUGGAUCUUCUAACUCCUAGAUUCAGUGAAGUUUUGCGCGCCACCUCCGUCGAAGAACUGGACUUGGAGGUGCUCCAGUAUUCGAGCACUUUACUGUCGCUCACGGAGCUUGACGAGCCUCUCUUCAAACAAUUCACGCCAACCAAGCUUGAUGCGCUCAAGACUCUCUGGCGCCAAGCAGGAAAGGUUCUUUGGGCUACUCGAGGUGCAAGGGCGGAUGAGCCAUUCUCAGCCAUGAUGCUUGGCCUUGGAAGGGCCAUGACUCACGAAUAUCCAAAUAUGUCGUUGCAAAUACUCGACCUCGAUAAAUUUGACGACGAAGAAAAGACUGCCCAGCUGCUAGCCGGAGACAUUCUGCGCUUGGAAGUGUUGAAGAAAUGGCAGUAUGAAGCUCAAGGUGAAGUGGACUUUCUCUGGUCCUUCGAGCCCGAGGUGUGCUACGAGGCCGACUCUAUAUUCAUCCCCCGGCUCUACAAGUGCUCGCCUGCCAACGAGCGAUACAACAGUGCUCGGCGCUCAGUCACUCGAAAUAUCAGUCUCCAAGAACCUUUGACAUUUGUCAGCGAGGGCUCGUCAUAUGAGGUUCAACAGCCCUCACCCCUCCGCGUCACGACCAUCCCGUUUGAGCUUGCCGAGACAACAAUCAUUCAAAUCUCCCAUUUCCUCUUCCAGACCAUCCAAAUUUGCUCUUUCGGUAGACUAAUGCUCUGUGCUGGCACUGACCAAUCUACCGGAAAACAAUUGCUUGCCCUGUCGCACUCAACAGAGGCUCGACCAACGGUCCUGGCAGACUGGACAUUGCCCCUCUCCAUCCAAUCUCCCGAUCUACCUAAAACUUUAGCCGAUGUCGCUUCUCAUCUGACCGCGAUCAAUAUAUUCAAGUUGGCCCAUGAGGGAAGUAGAAUUGUUGUUCACGAGCCUGGUGAGCUAAUUGGCGCAGCCUUGACGCAGCAUGCUCAGAAAUCCUCAAUCCAAGUCGUGAUAACUACAUCAGUUAAGGACCACUUCCGUGAUGGCUGGCUUUACCUCCCCGACAACCUUCCUCGUCGACUUAUCAAGAAAGCUUUGCCGGCUUCUAUCUCGUUGUUUGUCGACUUUUCCAAAUCUCCUGGGUCCAUAAAGGCUGGCCAGCAUAUUGGAAAUUGCAUUCCUGAACUUUCCGCAAGGUAUCGCUCCGAAGAUUUCUACGGCAUGACAACUGAGGUUCGGUCUGGAUCAUCUUCCAGGCAAAUUGCAGAGGUAUUCAAAGCGGCGUUUAGCGCAGCUUGUGAGAGCCCGAAUAAAGCUGGAAAUCAUACUUCGAUCAGGAUCCAGGAUAUUGCAGCGUUUUCAGUGCCUGACACGCCUUUGGCAGUCGUCGAGUGCUUGGAACCUGACACGUCUAUCCCCGCCAAAGUCCAAGCAAUUGACUCAGGAGUUAUAUUCCAACCCGACAAGACUUAUUUCCUAGUCGGUAUGUCAGGACAGGUUGGGCAAUCCCUUUGCCAGUGGAUGGUGGAACAUGGCGCUAGGUUUGUUGUCUUGACAAGCCGUUCGCCAAAAGUGCACCCCAAGUUCAUCACGUCAAUGGAGCACAUGGGUGCUAUUAUCAAAGUAUACCCUCUAGAUAUUACUAGCCGGGAGUCCCUUGAUGAGUGUUACAAGGAUAUCUCACAGACAAUGCCUCCAAUUGCAGGCGUAGCCCAAGGAGCGAUGGUGCUGAGGGACUCUAUGUUUGACGGGCUGACCUUCGAGAAUAUGACCGCUGUCCUGGAGCCGAAGGUCACUGGUACCCAGCUCCUGGACGAUCUCUUUUACGAUACUCCCCUGGACUUCUUUAUCGUCAUGUCAUCUUUGACUUCCGUUGUCGGAAAUAGUGGUCAGAGCAACUACACAGCGGCUAAUAUGUUCAUGGUGGCGCUCGCUGAGCAACGCCGAAGACGGGGGGUUGCUGGCUCCGCCAUCGCUAUUAGCUCCCUCAUCGGCAUCGGCUACAUCGAGCGAUCGUCAAACUUUGAUGCCGAAUACUUCGAGAAGAUUGGGUACAGGAACAUAUCCGAGCCAGACCUGCAUCAGCUCUUCGCCGAGGCUAUCCUUGUCGGUCAACCAGGCUGUCGCGAGAGCUCGGAGAUUACAACUGGUCUAGAGCCAUUUUAUCCCGAGAGAAAUGCUAAGGCACAGUUCUUCGAAGACAUCCGGUUCAAUCACUUCAUUCUCGAACAUCAGGUUACCCAGAAUUUCGACGGUAAAAGCUCAGCAAUGCCUGUUCGAGUACAGCUUGCUCAGGCCAAAACAAAGGAUGAUGCUGUCACUAUUAUCAAAGAGGGCUUCCUCGCGCGAUUAAGGCGUACCUUGAUGAUAUCCGAAGAUGAAACUGUCAAUGAGAAGGCAUCUCUCGUGGAACAGGGGAUUGACUCACUCAUGGCAGUUGAAGUACGCUCGUGGUUCUUGAAAGAACUUGAAGUCGACAUACCGGUUCUCAAGAUUUUGGGUGGAAGCUCUAUCACGGACCUUCUUGCUGAGUCCAUGGAACGCGUGCCAAAAACAGUAGUAGAUCUCAAUUCGCUCUCUAACAUGAAGGCUGUGGCCCCUAUCAGGUCUUCUUCCGAGUCCCAGAGUAUACAGGAGGCAAAAUCAGGGACGAGCACACCGCCAGUGAUUGGAACGCCAAUGUCAGACAUUCCAGAGUUGGUAGUGCAUGCGAAGGCGGUGGAUGACAUCAAAGUCCUACAGGAAGCUAAAGAAGAGAGCUUUCAGAUGUCUUAUGGCCAAGAUCGAUUCUGGUUUUUGAGUGACUAUCUCGAAGACAAGACGAGCUUUAAUAUGACGGUUAUGUUCAAACUAACCGGUAAGAUCCAGGUAAAUCGUCUCGAACAGGCUGUUCGAACAGUUGCUCAACGUCACGACGCGUUAAGGACCAGGUUCUAUUGGUCCGGAGAGGGUGACAUACGCACACCAAUGCAAGGCAUUGUCUCUCAGUCGUCUAUUCACCUAGAGCACGUUAAGCUUGAAUCAGAGGUGGAUUCGAAGGAGGAACUACGCAAGAUGCAUGAAUACGUCUGGGAUAUGAACUCGUGGGAGGCGGCAAGAAUGGUUCUCCCCACCGUUGACGAUAACACGCACUACUUCAUGGUUAGCGGUCAUCACAUAUCAUGGGAUGGUUACAGCUUUACUGUUCUGUUUGUCGACCUCGAUUCAGCUUACAGCGGACGGCCGUUAGCACCGCUGGGCCCCGAUUGCCAGUAUCCAGCCUUCUCCUUGUGGCAGAGAGAGACCUAUCAGACCGGUGCCAUGAAACAGGCGAUUGACAACUACUACCGUCCUAUGAUUGACCCUCACGCCAAGGCGAUUCCUCUGUUCCCCUUUGCCAAGUCUCCGAGGCGGCCACUACUCGACCACUUUGAGCAGUUUGAGGCCAAGGCCACGCUUGAGCCUGCUCUUGUAUCAAAGCUCAAGAAGGUCUCCCGGAAGAAUAACGCAACCAUGUUUCACCUCUAUCUCGCUGCUCUCCAAGCGCUCGUCUUCAGUCUGCUCCCCGAGGAGCAGGAGUUCUAUCUUGGACUUGCAGAUGCCAAUCGUAUAGACAAGAGGUUUAUGGGAAGUCUUGGCUUUUUCCUCAACCUCUUGCCGGUGCGCUUUGAUAGAAGUGCUCCGGGAACAAAAGUCAGUGAAAUCAUCAAGGACACGCGUAACAAGGCAUAUAAGGCACUCGAAAACUCAUCGGUGCCCUGGAACGUACUUCUGCAUGAGCUGAAGAUUCCGCGUACAAACACCGAGGCCCCCAUCUUUCAGUUGUUUGUCGACUACCGUCAAAUUGCUCGAGACAGGACGCAGUGGUGUGGGUGCGAUCUGAGUGAUGAGGAUUGGCUGAACGCGCGAAAUGGCUAUGACUUGACGCUUGGUAUUACUGAUAAUCCCACUGGUGAAUCCUUGCUGUCACUGCGCUUGCAGAAGAAGUUGUACUCGGAGAGCAGUACCGAACUUUUACUCCGAUCAUACGUGACUGUGCUGAAAUCGUUCGCCAGUGGCGUGGAUCUUGAUGUGUGCGAGCUGCCACUAUGGGCCCCCAGUGAUGUUGAAGCGGCGUUAAAAGUUGGAAGAGGCCCGACUCUUCAACUCGAAUGGCCGGCGACCGUUUCUCAACGCAUCGAUCAGAUGAUCGAAGAGCAUACAGCGCAUCUGGCAUUGAAAGAUGGCCUUGGCAACCAAUUUACAUACGGCCAAAUGAGAGACCGUAUCACUGCAAUCGCAGCGGCUCUUUUAGCUGCUGAGGUUACUGAAGGUUCUCCAAUCGGCAUCUUCCAGAACCCAUCUGCCGACUGGAUCUGUUCAAUGCUCGCGAUCCUGCAGGUUGGAGCUACGUAUGUGCCUUUGGAUCCUCGCAACUCGAUGAGCCGUAUUGUUAGCAUUGUCGAAGCAGUGAACCCGGUAGUUAUCUUAACGGAUCGUUUCAAUGUUUCCACGGUUCCGCAGAUCAAGGCUAGCAAGGCAGUUGACAUCGUCGUGUCUGACAUUCCCACGUCAGCAUCAACGCCUAACUCACCGAACAGAGCCAAGCCAGAGUCUCGUGCAGUUAUUCUCUUCACAAGCGGCACUACGGGGAGGCCCAAGGGGGUCGUUUUAACCCAUGCGAAUCUACGAGCACAGUGUGAGGGCUACUCACGCAUGGUCAAUCUACCGUCAAUGGUGUCUGUAGUUCUUCAGCAAACGAUCUACAACUUUGACAUCUCUCUUGACCAGAUAUUUGCCGCCCUUGCUGAGGGCGGCUGCCUCUACAUCGUGCCUGCCGAGAAAAGAGGGGACCCGCAGGCCAUUACAGAGAUUAUGGCAGAGGAGGGCGUAACGUACACAGUCGCUACGCCUUCAGAGUACGAGACCUGGUUCCGAUACGCUCCCGAAAAUUUGGCGAACUGCAAGUCAUGGGGGUAUGCAUUUGGCGGGGGAGAGCACCUGCAUAAAGGCCUUAUCGACGAGUUUGCGAAGCUCGCAGCCUGGCAGAUUCCUGGGCUGAGACUCUUUAACAACUAUGGCCCCACUGAAGCCUCGCUUGCCAUCACGAAGGGUGAAGUUGAACAUAGUAGUCCUAAUCUAGAGGACCACGUUCCCGCGGGCUGGAUCAUCCCGAACUACGCGGUUGCCGUGGUGGAUGACAAGCUAAACCCUGUGCCAUUUGAGACAUCGGGUGAGAUUGUCGCCGGCGGUCCUGGUAUUGCUCCCGGAUACCUGGAGCAAAUCCAUCUGACCCACGAAAAGUUCAUCCCUGGUGACAGAAUCCACCUACUUGCCACGGCGAGCAGCAAUAUAUGGUACCGUACUGGAGACCGUGGCCGACUGCGCCAGGAUGGGGCGCUGUACGUCGACGGUCGUAUCCUGGGCGACUCCCAGUUCAAGAUCCGCGGAUUCCGUGUCGAAUUGCAGGAGAUAGAGGCUGUUAUUCUGAAAGCCUCAAAAGGCGCAUUGUCCCAUGCUAUUGUUAGCGCAAGGGGAAGUGGAGAAGACCGCUUCUUGGCUGCUCAUGUUGUGUUCACGUCCGAUUACCCUCAACACCGCCGCGAAGUCAUACUUCAACAUCUCGAGUCCAAACUUCCCCUGCCUUCGUAUAUGCAGCCGACUGUUUUCGUACCCCUCGCCAGAAUCCCUGUAACCAACAACUUCAAAUUGCACCGCGACGCUAUCCAAGAAUUGCCCCUGCCAGAAUCCGACGGCCGUGAAGAGAACCUAGCCGACCUGGAGACAAAGGUAGCACAAUUGUGGAGGGACAUCAUUCCGCACGGUGUGCGCUCGCUGACGGCUGAGACCGACUUCUUUAACGUCGGUGGAAACUCUAUUCUGCUCGUGAAGCUAAAGGCUGCAAUCCGGCGCGAGCUGCAGGUGUCACCGCCAUUGAUUGAUUUGAUGAACUCCAGCACAUUGGAGGGCAUGGCGCGCCACGUCAGAGCUUCUACGGCUGCCAAACGGUAUGGAAUCGACUGGGAGGCGGAGACCAGUGUCCCAGAAGAAUUGCGCCAACUCGCGCGAGAGAACCUACCACAAAAGGAUAACAAAACCGAGAAUCUCAGGAUUCUUUUGACAGGGGCAACGGGCUAUCUCGGCGGCCACAUUCUAGCACGCCUCAUUGAGGCGCCAGAGGUUAGCGAAAUUCAUUGUCUUGUCCGAAAGGAGAGUCUCCAGAUGAUCAGCCACAGCAGCCCCAAGGUCCGUCCCAUCACUGCAGACCUCACCCAGCCGCGACUAGGCCUCACAGAUGCGGAAUUUGUCUCCAUAGCAGAGCACACCGAUGUUAUUGUUAAUUUUGCUGCUAAUCGCUCCUUCUGGGAUGGGUACGAGACGUUGAGAAAUGUUAACUUUGAGGCCGUCAAGGCGCUUGUCGCACUAUCUGUGCGAGCUGGUGGGGCGCCACUACAUACUAUGUCAUCCGGCGCCGUUCACUUUUAUGGCGACAGCGAACCGCCAGUGGAUGGAAGUGAUGGCUACGUGGCUAGCAAGUGGUCGACAGAGCGAUUCCUGGCAAAGGCGUCCAGUGAACUUGGCACAAGGGUGUUUAUAUACCGACCUGUUGCUGCUUCUAUGGAAGAGAAAGAAGCCAAGGAUGUCGAUGUUGACAAGGAAGCCAUCCAAACCGAUCUUACAAAUAUUCUCCGUAUGCUCGGCAAGAGGCCAGACUUUCUCGCCGUUAGCGGCUACGUCGAUGUGAUACCCGUUAAAGACCUUGUGGAGGACAUGGCUAAGUCUAUCGUGGGAGGGGAAGACAGCGAUGGUGUGCACAUGACAGAGCACAAGGGCCAAUUUCGGCUGCGCAUUCAGGACUUUGCGCAGCUCAUAGAGAGGGAAGACCAGCUUAAAGCACUGCCGACGAUGAAUCCGCUGUUCUGGUUUGCGGAUGCGAAGAAGGCAAGGUUCGCGCAGCUGAUCACGGCGCAGAGGUUGGUGAUGGGACACGGAAAGGAAGAGGUAGUCAGUCGACGAUGA